AAAAAAAAAGGGCUGCAAAAUCUCUUUGUAAAUGGUUAAUUAUAGUUCAAGUUAUUCAAAAUGGUUCAAAACUCUGUCGUUGGUAUUAAAAAACUGGCCUCGAAGGCUGUUUUUUUUUUUUUUUCUACUUCUGUUUUUAGAUGCUGAAUUGUUAUCAAUUCGGACGUGCCGUUCGUUUUUCUUUAAAAUGCGCCAAAACUUUGGUUCCAGUGGCUUUGUGAUAAUAUGCUGAACUUUAAUUCUUGUUUAUUUUAUUGUUUCUGUAACUCUUUUUCCGUUUUUUUUACUAGUUCGGUAUUGAAGUUGACCGGUAAGAUGCAACACCGAGAAGAAAAUCAGAAUCUUUUUCUUAUUUUUCCUUUGCUUUUCGUUCCCCUUGUAUUGUUCUAUGUCUCUGAGUUUGGAUACGAGUGCUUUGAGAUUUUGGCUUUAUAUCAAAAUACGUAUUUUGACUCCUGUGUUUUUGUAUUGGACUGAUAAUUAAGUUCAGUUCUCUUUUACUGGGGAGAAAAGAAGAAGGGCGGCAGGGGAUUUCUUUUCGGAAACUGUUAAUAAAUCUUUAUAUUUUGGUGUCAAAAUGGGAUAAACAUGUUGCGGUUUUUGUCUCAGUUUCUCCUCAAUGAUGUUUCUGAUUGGGUCCUUUUGAAUUUCCAUAAUUUCUUCAUGUCUAAUAUUUAGAAUUUUCUGCGUUGAUUUUCAGGCUCUUCUCCCUUCUUCUUCUUCUUGUUUUCUCUUCUUUCUUUCAACGAAGGAAUUUCUUCAUGUCUAAUAUUUAGAAUUUUUUGGGUUGAUUUUUCAGGCUCUUUUUUCUUCCUCUUCUUGUUUUCUCUUCUUUCUUUCUGUCCUUCUUUCAACGAAGGAAUUUUCAGAUUCUUUUGUAAAUGCAAAAGUUUGCAUGUCUUGGUGUUAUGGUGGAAGGUUAACUUUUAUGCGAUUUUCUUUUACGUAAAAUGGUUCCGUUUAUGAUAAAUACAGAAUCAGAAUGUUAGUAUUUCUUGCUGAUGUUGCUGCUCAUUUCUUCCUUUCUGUUUUGCUGUCAACAUGUUCUUUUUUCUGGCAAUAUCUUGCAGGUUAUGCUUUUUUGAUUGGCAUACGUGCUAAGCCUCUUUAUUGACAAAGUAAAUACAAGGGGAAAAAUGGGAAAUGAUAAUGGCAGAACUAAUUCUUUUCUUUCUGUGAUUUUUCUCUUCUAUAGAUUAUCCGUAACGGGAAUAAAUUGCUUUCAUUAUGUUGUAUUUAUUGUUAUUGUUAUCUUCUUGGUGUGUUAGAUCUGCUUUUACUUAUACUUGCUGUUCGUAGAAGAAUUGCACUCGUCUUUGUCCUCUUAAUCUCCGUUUGUCAUUUGUGUCUUUACUGUGUUGUUUUUUCAGGGUUGAAAACUUGAAUGGAUUUUUCGGAGUCCACAAAAGUUGUGUACAAUAGAAUUCAGGCGAUUGAGCCUGAAUUCGUUGGUAAGAUCAUUGGGUAUAUUCUGUUACAAAACCAUGGUGAACGAGAAAUGAUCCGGCUGGCCUUUAGCCCUGAUAAUUUGAUCUAUGCAAUGAUAUGCAAAGCCAAAUCUGAUCUGGGGCUAGACAAAAUACCAGUUCUAAAUCUAAUUUCGCCUUCUCAGGUGAACCCGUCACCUGUUUCAGAUGUUCCACAGCAAUUCAUUCCUAACACCACAGUUUCAUCACACCCAAUUUUCUCUCCAGUAAAGGUUAGGACUGCAGGUUCUUUCUGGGAUGCUCAACUGACUGGUGACCUGCAACAGGCACACAACUUGGAUUUUGCUCCACCAGGGUACUCAGAAAUGGUUCCUGAAGAUUAUCAUAUUCAAAACCAAAUGCAGUUCCGUACUUUGGAUUAUCCGAUAGAGUUUGUUAAUUCUGACUUUUCUAGCAGUUACAUCUACCCAGAACCUGCAUUAAGUCCUAGGACUAGCGGAAGGUCUCCAAGCUUGCCUGAAUUUCCUGUUAAGAUUUGCCAUUACUUCAUUAAGGGGUUCUGCAAACAUGGAAACAACUGUAGGUAUUUCCAUGGCCAUCCCAUGCCAGAAAGCUUUUCUCAGAUUUUCGGUUCAAAUUUGAAUGAGAUUGCAAACGAAGAAUGUGUUGUCUCACCUGGCUCUUUUGAAAAGCUUGAAUUGGAGCUCACCGAGCUUUUGAAAUCAAGAAGAGGGGUGCCAGUUUCGAUUGCCUCUUUACCAAUGAUGUAUUAUGAGAUGUAUGGGAGGACGCUGCAGGCCGAAGGGUAUCUUACGGAGAGCCAGAGACAUGGUAAGGCAGGUUAUAGUCUAACAAAGCUCCUAGCUCGAUUGAAGAACAGCAUUCGUCUCAUUGACAGUUUUACUGUUUGGGACAGGCCUCAUGGGCAGCAUUCAGUGGUUUUGGCAGAAGACGUCCCAAAAUACUUGGAGUAUGCUGGUGAGAGAAACGAUCCUGGUGGAAUCGUUGCUGGUUCUAGACAGAUCUAUCUUACCUUUCCGGCUGAGAGUACCUUUACAGAGCAAGAUGUUUCUAACUAUUUUAGCAAAUUUGGGCCUGUUCAAGAUGUUAGGAUUCCUUGCCAACAGAAGAGGAUGUUUGGAUUUGUGACUUUUGUUUUUGCAGAGACUGUUAAGCAAAUAUUAGCAAAGGGGAAUCCUCAUCAUGUCUGCGGGGCUCGUGUUCUUGUGAAACCCUACAGGGAAAAAUCCAGGCUUAUUGACAGCAGGAAGUACAGCGAGAAAAUGCAGCACCCUAUCCAUCACAGCCAUCACUUUAUGGAUGGAGAUUCCGAGCUUCACUCAGCGCGGAGAGUUUGUGAUAAUUCAAAAUUACUCAGGAAGCAGCUCAUGGAGGAAUAUGAGCAGGAAGUUGAACUUGAGAGAAGGCGUCUCUCAGAGUUUCAUUUUGCACCUGAACCCUUGAAUCUUCACUCUUUUCUCGGCCACUCUAUGGAUGAGUUGAAGCUCUCAGGAGAACAAUCAGAGUUUUCGUCCGCGGAGCAUUUCAAUUACUGGUUUGAUGUUUUGAAUAAUGGUUCCACCAGUGAGGAAAAGCAUAGGCAUACAAGGACCAGUUGCAGUGACCAGGAUAGCAACCAAGGAGUUAAUCUUCCUGAGAGCCCGUUUGCAUCUGCAAUAGGGAGUGGCAUUUCGACAGUUAUAUAGAGGAAGACACAGAAGAAUUAUAGAGUUAGAGGACUGAAUUCCAAGACCAUUUUCGAGGGUUUCAGACAACAUGAAUUUCUUUUCUUUGAAAAAAUUACCUGAACGUGAGCGUCAUCGGUCAGAUACCAGCUGAAGGAGAGAUAAACUAGGAUUUCUCCAUGUUACUCGGUGGAGAUCGCAAGGAUGACAGAUACAUAAAGUUAAUAUGUGACAGGCUCCUGAGCUUUUUCUUUUUCUUCAUUUCUUUUUUAAUUAAUGUAAUCACAGAAAGCAAGCAACAGAGCUUGUUGGCUUUUAGAAGAAAAAUGUAAUAUAGUCUUUGUCCAGUGUCCCAUAA